GAUCGUCUUGCCACUAUGUAACACUCGUUCCUACCUUCUCCUCCCCUCUUCGUUCAACUGGCAUCAUGACCGGCGUACCAAACAACUCAGACUCUGAACCGAUCGUGCAUGGUAACACGGUGGGAUCGGCUGCGCCGCACACGGCCCUUGAGAAAGACGCGGGAGACACCAACUAUCUCGAGACUGUUCCCACGAACCUGUCCUUAGUCGACCAAGAAUCUAAGAAGCUAAACGCCAUCGAGGCUCUGGGUAUCGAGGACUGGCAGGCGAAGGAAAAGAAAAUUGUUCGGAGACUCGACAUGACUUUGCUGCCACAGCUCUGGAUACUGUACAUGUUCAACUACCUCAACCGUGUUAAUAUUGCUCAAGCUCGCCUGGACUCUGACUUCGAGGAAACACUGCAAUUGGGUAACACCGACUAUAGCACAGCCGUUGCCUUGCUCACAGUCGGUUACAUGCUUGCACAGCUGCCAUCGAACAUGUUGAUUACGCGGCUUCGUCCACAGCUCUACUUGCCCACCUGUGCACUUCUGUGGUCAGGUGUGUCGGCCGCUACGGCCGGUGUCAAGAGUCCUGGAGAGUUGUUCGCCGUCCAGUUUGUCUUGGGCAUAAUUGAAGCUCCCCUUUUCCCAGGAGCCGUUUUCCUGAUGUCGUGUUGGUACACUCGCCGAGAGCUUGCGCUUCGUACUGCCCUCCUCUACUCGGGACUUGUCCUCGCCCAAGCUUUCUCGGGCUUGAUUGCAGCCGGUGUUCUAUCGGGCAUGGUCGGUCUCGGCGGCCUUCAGGGCUGGCAGUGGCUGUUUAUCCUUGAAGCCGCGUUGAGUGCAUUUUUCGCGCUGACAGCGUUCUGGGUCCUUCCCAACUAUCCACACUCAAAGACUGGUGGCCAGAUGUGGUCAAUGACCGAAGACAUGCGAAGAAUCGCCGUGGCGAGAAUUGAAGCUGAUCGCGUCGAGGCACACACCGAGUCGACCGUAUGGCAUGGCUUACGACUUGCUCUUACUGAUGUGAAGACCUACAUAUUCAUCUUCAUGAAUAUCUUCAUGACAAGCAGUUACGGAUUCAACAAUUUCUUCCCUACUAUGGUGCGUGGUUUCGGCAUUGGCAACAACACUAUGUCGCUCCUCCUCACAGCGCCUCCAUACAUACUAGGUACAGCGGUGUCUUUCUUCGUGGCCUGGUCCUCGGAUCGCAAGAAAGAGCGUGGUUUCCACAUCAUGGCCAACAACUGCUGCGCAAUCAUCGGUUUCAUUAUUUCCGUGGCUACUCUCAACACUGCAGCUCGCUACACAGCAGCGUUCCUCUACACCUCAGGCAGUUUCUCAGCAAAUGCUUUGGUCUACACGUGGGCAGUGAGCUCUCUAGGACAGACACCAGAGAAGCGAGCUGCUGGUGGCGCUAUCGUCAAUAUAUGCGGCCACUUGGGCAAUGUGAUGUCUCCGUACUUCUUUCCCGACAGCGAUCAGCCGCGCUACACCAUGGCCAUGAUCUUGCAGAUUGUGUUUGCGGGAUUGACGUUCUGCAUGGCGUUCACAUCGAAGACAUACCUCCGGAGGCAGAACAAGAAGCUGAAGGAACUUUCGGAUCGGACAGGAAGUUUCUACAACCCAUUCACGACGUGAUCGAGCGCGAAGGUUCACGUAUCAUAGGCGGACAAGAUCGUCAAGAAUACAUAUGUCGUAGAUACCGAGC